AUGUCCCGUAGCAUCCAUGGCCCGCGAGUCGCCGGUGUUGCCCGGUACAUAUCCUGGGGUUGCGGCACGUCUUCACAUGUGUUGAUGCCUUCGGCCGAGGGGUAUAAUGUGCCGGCCGCGGGUGGCGUGAAUUUUCCUGUCAUCCAGCAGGUGGCCUGUUUCUACAUAAUACUUGGUCUGGGAUAUGCAAGAGCAGGACACUGGGCAUCCCAGCCCAUUGAAGCAGGGUGGCCUGAAGGCCUGCCUCGUACGUAA